AUGUCAAAAUUUCCAAGAUCAAAAGUUAUCACAGAAUCAAAGUUGAUAGAACUGUCUGAGAAAUUAAACUCUCCGUUUUGGGCAUACGAUGGAAACAUAAUUAAGGAUCAAAUUAAUAAACUGAGAAAUUUUGAUGUCAUUCGAUAUGCUCAAAAAGCAUGCUCAAACAUAAACAUUUUAAAAUUAGUGAAAGAAUGUGGAACAAAAAUUGAUUCUGUGUCAUUUGGAGAAAUUGAGCGUGCACUGCAGUCUGGAUUUGUGCCUGGAACAAGAGAAAAUGAAAUUGUUUAUACUGCUGAUAUAAUUGAUAAUGAAACGUGCGAGCGUGUCCUCGAAAUGAAUAUUCCAGUCAAUGCAGGUUCAAUUGAUAUGUUGAGGGAAUUAGGUCGUCGUAAUGCUAUCAAUCAUCCAAUAUGGAUAAGAAUUAAUCCAGGAUUUGGUGAUGGACAUAGUAAAAAGACAAAUACAGGAGGUGAAAAUAGUAAGCAUGGAAUAUGGUUUGAAGAUCUUCCAGAAGCAAUAAAUGUAAUUAAGGAAAAUAAUCUAAAGCUUAUUGGAUUCCAUAUGCAUAUUGGAUCUGGACUGUUUUCAAAAAAUUUCGAUCGAGUUAGUGAUGCAAUGGCUGAUCAUGUUAUAGCAUGUAAUCAAGAUAUAGAAGCUAUAUCAACUGGUGGAGGGAUUCCAAUUGCUUAUAAAGAGAACGAAAUAGGUGUUGAUGUUGACAAUUACUUCUCAUUAUGGGAUGCAGCUCGAAAGAAAAUCGAAAAACAUUUUGGACAUUCAAUCACUCUAGAAGUUGAACCUGGACGUUUUCUUGUUGCCGAGUCUGGAAUUCUUGUUUGCAAAGUUCAUGCUGUGAAAACAAUGGGAAGUAAAAAAUAUGUUUUAGUAAAUGCAGGAUUCAAUGACCUCAUGAGACCAACAAUGUAUGGCAGUUAUCAUCACAUUACAGUUCUAGGAGAUACAACUAAUCGUGAAGUGGAAGAAGUUGUUAUCGCUGGACACUUGUGUGAAUCAGGUGAUGUUUUUACACAAGUUGAAGGAGGCAUUGUGAUAACACGAUUGUUACCGAAAAUGUAUGUUGGAGAUUAUCUUGUGUUUCACGAUGUAGGUGCUUAUGGUGCAUCAAUGUCGUCUAAUUACAACUCACGACCAUUAUUGCCUGAAGUGCUGUUUAUCGAUGAUGAGAUUAAGCUUAUCAGAAGGAGACAAACAGUGAAUGAUUUGAUUCAGUUGGAAAUGUGUGUUGAUAAUAUUUGA